AUGGAGCCAACGGAACUGGAGCCGGUGGCGAGUGAGGCGCCCACGGUGCUGGGCCUGGUGGGCCCUGCCUCUGAGACUGGAAGGAUCUUGGAGCAGCUCUACCUGUGCCCCACUGGUAGCCACGCGCUGGAGCUGGACCUGGGGCCCGUGCAGUGCUUCUACCAGCGCCAGGACCACGUCCUCUUCCUGUGCCUGGACACCUCUGGAUGUUGGACGCUGCCACAGGACGGCGAGGAUUGCCAGUACCUCUUGAAGUGUGGCAACCUGGAGCUGCAAAACCUGAUGGGUCUGCUGCUGCUCUUUGAACUGUGCCACGUGCUGCUCUGGCUCUGCCCGGGCCAGUCCCCGCGGCUCCACGCGGACACGCUGAGGGCCCUGGCCAAGGUGAAGGAGGUCCAGGCCCAGUACAGCAAGGCGGAGAACCGCUUCCCUCCCCUGGUCAUCUUUGUGCACCGCGAGUUGAAGCUCCCCUUCGACCAAGCCGGGCAUCAGCUCUUCGAAUCUCUGGAGAGGGUGCUGGACAAUAGGUGGCGCACCUGCCUAAAGCGCCUCAAGCUCUUGCAGGAGAACAAGCGGGGGCUGCUGCGCGUGCAUCGGCCCUGCGCAGUGGCGAUGGAUUCUAGCCCCCAGGUGCCAAAAGACCUGGGCUUGGUGAAGGAGCCUGGCGCAGCCAUGGACCGCCUCCGCAGCAGGCUGGUGGAGGCGCUGGAGGCCUGCAAGAAGGAGCCCAGCAGCUUCGACGACUGGCUGGCCUCCGCCGACGCGCUGCAUCGCCGGCUCCGCGCCUCGAUGUCGGGACCGCUGCCGGAGGAGUUGGCCACAGCGGUCGGGGAGGCGGCAGCGGAGGAGCCGCUGAGCUGGUCCCUGGGCACCUGGGCGUAUCCGGAGCUCUUCUUCGCCUUCAGCACCUCGCAGGACGCCAUCGACGAGGCCUGCCGCGGUUUCGGGGCCAAUGGCAGCGCGGAGCGGCAAGAAGAGCAGCUCAAAGCUGCAGAGCAGAUGGCGCAGCAGAAGGCGACGGCGCCCUUCCAACGCCACGCGGCGGCGGAGACACGGAAGCUCUGUGAGCGCCUGGCCAAGCGGCCCUGCAAGGCCAGGAGUCUGUCGGGAAGGAGCUGCGCCUUGCUGGAGGGCCACAAGGAGCAGCACCGAGGGGCCAGCAACUUCCGGAGCUGCCUGCCCUGCCUCUGCGGCAAGAGCCAGGUUCAGCUGGCGGAUUCCUUCGUGCCACCCCAGGGCCCGGCUGUGGCGAUGCCCUCAUUCGGCAGCUGCUGCCACAACGCCAGCUUUAUGCCCUUCCUCCCCUUGACCUGCGACUUCGAGAUGGACCCCGUGCUCAUCCCUCCAUCGCCGCGCCUGGGGAAGAUCAAGCCGGGCAGCUCCGCCAUGCGCGCGCUGCCCUCCGCGCUGCCGGAGGCCAAGGGCUUCGUGGCGCUGGUGGCGGACGCCCCGCUGCGCCUGGACCCCAAGGAGGGGGCCCAGCUGCCGGGUUUCGCGGACCAGCUGCAGAUGCUGAGCCGCUGGCGGCCGGCGGUUGGCUCGGAGGUCUUCCUGGGCUUCGAGCCGCUUGGGUACAGCUGCCCCCAGGGCCACCGCUUCUUCGGCCCCGCGCCCCGGAACUCGGGCGUCUCCUCGGACCCCCGGGAGGCCGAGGCGCCCCGGCGCCGGCGCAAGGAGCGGGAAGUGCCCGGGGAGGAAGGUGAAUAUGAAGUCGCGCCUUUGUGCCCCUACCGCCUCUACGUGCCCUGCGUGCAGCAUCGCCGUCGCGAGAAAGGUCAAGGAACACCCUGCGUGGCACAGCUGACCCGCAUUUGGGUCAAGACCCCAGCCCGGGCUGACUUGGAUGCCUCGCCGCGGGUGGCGCUGGUCGACACCUCCGGAGACGUGGGGCCCGACGGCAAGGCCCCGGAGAUCAUGGUGACAGGAGGCAAGGUGGCGCUGCCACGGGACAUGGUGGUGCAGCUGGUGCUGCCCACCACCUACUUCCGUCCGGACGGCUCGGCGCUGCCGAACUUCUGGGACCUGGGCAACGAGGCGGAGCGUUGCCGCCUGCUGCCGUACCUGCUUGCAUUGCGGACCUCGUGA